UGUGAUUCAUUCUAUGAAUGUCAUCAUAUUUAAUACAUACCUAUACUCAGUACGUACCGAGUUGGCUAAGUUACAGCUCUUGCAACAUUCUUCCGAUAUCAAUCUCUGUUUUCUUCUCUUUAAAAACUCAUUUUGACGCCCCCAGAAGCCUCUAGGGCAUAACUGCGUUAUGGCCCUCCUACCUGACCCGACUGUCGAUCUUGACUGGUCAGGCUAUGCGGGUUCAAUUCACGAACGCUUCCGCGCCCAGGCCGAGAAUCACCCUGAUAGAACUUGUGUCUUAGAGACCAAGUCGUCUACACAUCCCGAGAGGUGCUUUACUUAUCGCCAAAUAUAUGAAGCUUCUAACACCCUAGCCUGGUAUCUUCACAAUGCCGGUAUCACAAAUGGCGAUGUAGUGAUGAUCUGGGCGCAUCGUUCCGUUGAUUUGGUUGUUGCCUUCAUGGGUACCCUGGCGUCCGGUGCCACUAUGACUGUCCUGGAUCCUGCGUAUCCUCCGGCUAGGCAGAAGAUCUACCUCGAGGUAUCUCGGCCACGUGCCUUAAUCAAGAUUGGCCGUGCAACCGAUGAGAACGGCCCCCUGGCAGAGGUAGUGCAAGACUAUAUCGACAAAGAGCUUGAGCUGAAAGCCCAAGUCCCUGAACUACGCCUCAUCGAUGGCGGCGGCCUCUUCGGAGGCCAGGUAGGCGCCGACGACAUUUUUAAUGAUGUCAGGGGCCUUGCAUCAUCGCCACCUAAUGUGGUUGUUGGCCCUGAUUCAAACCCUACCUUAUCUUUCACAUCUGGAAGUGAAGGGCGACCGAAAGGAGUCCUUGGUCGCCAUUUUAGUCUGACGAAGUAUUUCGACUGGAUGGCCGAGCGCUUCCACCUGUCAUGCGAGAGUAGGUAUACCCUGCUCUCCGGUCUUGCACACGACCCUGUACAGAGAGACAUCUUUACGCCUCUGUACCUUGGCGCUCAACUUCUUGUCCCAUCCAAAGAAGAUAUCCAGCACGAGAAACUAGCCGAGUGGAUGCAUGAAAUGAAGCCCACCGUAACCCACCUCACUCCCGCUAUGGGUCAGAUUUUGGUCGGCGGUGCUACAGCCGAAUUUCCCAGCUUGGAACACGUCUUUUUCGUUGGCGACGUACUAACGACUAAGCAGUGCCGCUCUCUUAGGCAACUUGCAGUAAAUGCGAACAUUAUCAAUAUGUACGGAACUACCGAGACCCAGCGUUCAGUCAGCUACUUCGAGGUCCCGAGCCGUGCGAGGGAUCCCGAAUUCCUAUGCAAACUUAAGGACACAGUCCCGGCAGGGCAAGGAAUGCAAAACGUUCAGCUCCUAGUCGUCGAUAGGGAAAACCGAGCCCGAGUUUGUCAAGUCGGAGAAGUCGGAGAGAUCUUUGUUCGGGCUGCUGGCCUUGCUGAGGGUUAUUUAGGUGACGAAUCUUUGAAUGAGCAGAAGUUCCUGACGAACUGGUUCGUUGACAACGAGAAAUGGGUUGGGGCUGACAACAAGACGAACAAGAAUGAGCCUUGGCGACGUUAUUACAAGGGACCAAGGGACCGGCUUUACCGUACAGGGGAUCUAGGACGUUACCUUGAAUCUGGAGACGUAGAGUGUACUGGCCGUGCUGAUGACCAAGUCAAAAUUCGCGGGUUCCGCAUUGAGCUCAACGAUAUCGACAGCAAUCUCAACCAGAAUCCGUUGAUCCGAGACUGUAAGACUCUCGUAAGAAGAGACCGCAACGAGGAACCGACUUUGGUGAGCUACCUAGUCCCCGAAGCAGCCGAGUGGCGACGUUGGCUUUCUGCUCGGGAGUUGGAUGAGGUAGAAGAUGAUGGUGUCGAAAUGGGGCCUACCCGUGUUUUCCUCAAGAAGUACCGGAGUAUGCAAACCGAGGUACGAGAUCACUUAAAGUCUCGACUACCUACUCACUCAGUCCCGAGCAUCUACAUCGUACUAGACAAACUUCCUCUCAACCCUAACGGUAAGGUUGACAAGCCUAAUCUUCCAUUCCCAGACGUCACAGAGAUUGUCGAAGACGCCUCCGAUGAAGAUUUAAGAAGUUGGCAAUCGUUGACUACCGUCGAGAAAGCUGUAGCCCAAAAGUGGGCUGACCUCAUCCGGGGAAUUAACCCGAAAACUGUCCGACGGGACAACAACUUUUUCGAUUUGGGUGGGCACAGUCUAUUGGCCCAGCAAUUCCUUCUAGAGGUCCGCAAAGGCCUAGGCGCGGAUGUUUCUAUCAAUAGCUUUUAUGAGCAUCCGGAUCUAGCUAGUUUUAGCUCCCAUGUCGAGAAGAGGAUCCGGGAGGCUGGUAGCACUGAAACCGGUCCUAGCGACGUGCAGGAGGGCGAUCCGGUGUAUACAAAAUCCCUAGAUGAAUUAGCGAGUCAAUUGCCUAAAAGAUAUCAAACUGCUGACGCCAAGCCAAUUGGUAUUCCCGGACGGUCGACGAUAUUUCUAACAGGAGCAACCGGGUUUUUAGGAUCGUAUCUCGUGAGGGAUAUCCUCGAUCGGACAAUUCAUGACGUCAAGUUGAUCGCACACGUUCGCGGUGCCAAGGACUCGAAUGCGGCACUCCAACGACUUCGCCGUUCCCUGCAAGGGUACGGCCUGUGGAAUGAUGCCUGGCUAACAAGAUUGAGUGCUGUCGUGGGAGAUCUAUCCAAACCCCAGCUCGGCGUUGAUGAUUUAACAUGGCAGCGACUAUCCCAGGAAGUCGAUGUAGUGAUCCAUAAUGGGGCUACUGUACACUGGAUUCGAAAGUACCAGGACAUGAUGGCUUCCAAUGUGCUGUCGACAGUCGAUGCGAUGAAGCUCUGCAACGAGGGGAAGGCGAAGGUCUUUUGUUUCGUGAGCUCUACCAGCGUCCUCGACACAGAUUACUAUAUCAACUUGUCAGAAGAGCAGACCAGGACAGGGCAGGGAGCCGUGAUGGAGAUCGAUGACAUGAAUGGUAGCCGUACUGGACUUGGCACGGGUUACGGACAAACUAAGUGGGUAUCAGAGCAACUUGUUCGGGAGGCUGGACGACGAGGUCUCAAAGGAUCGGUGGUUCGGCCAGGGUACGUGCUAGGUGAUUCUCAGACGGGCGUCUGCAAUGUGGACGAUUUCCUGAUCCGAAUGCUGAAAGGGUGCAUACAGCUCUCAGCACGCCCCCGCAUCAUCAACACCGUCAACGCCGUUCCUGUGAACCACGUCGCGCGAGUAGUAGUUGCCGCCGCUCUGAACCCUCUUCAAGACGGGGUUGAUGUAAUUCACGUGACUGCCCACCCGCGUCUCCGCAUGAGCGAGUAUCUAUCGAUACUAGAGUACUACGGCUACAAGGCUCCAGAAGUCAGCUACGACUCCUGGAAAGACGAGUUGGAGAAAUUCGUGUCGGCUGGUGCUCUCGAGAAGGAUCAGGAGCAGCAUGCACUCAUGCCUCUAGCGCAUUUCUGUAUGAAUGAUCUGCCAGCAACUACCCGCGCCCCGGAGUUGGAUGAUAGGAACGCAGUCUCAGUCCUGAAGGCGGACGCAGAAAGGUGGACUGGAGUAGACGAGAGUUCUGGGUACGGAAUUGCCAGGGAGGACGUGGGAAGAUAUCUCCGAUAUCUAGCUGAGAUCAAGUUCAUUAGCUUACCGACUGAGAAAGGUAGGCCUUUGCCAGAUAUCAGGGCAGAUAUAGUACAAGCAAAAGCAGUGGGAGGCACGGGAGGUCGUGGGGGUGCCCCUUAGCCUACGGCAUUCUGCACUCCUACAACCAGGCCAUACGCCGCAUGCAUGACAGGAGUUAAAUAGGUCAUCGGCUUGGGGGAAUGGCGAAUACACGGAAAAGCUAUUUGAUUUAUUUGUAUUAAGCCCACUAGUGACUAUAAAAUUACCGCCCAGAGGGAGAGCUUAGAAUAUGGGUAACUCCUAUAGAAGUUGAGUUGAUAGUAUCCGGGACUCUCGUUCUACCAAAUCAAUGUAAAUAACAUGUGAACUCGUUAAGCAGAUUAUAUAUACAUUUAUC